AUGGUAGGGCCUACUUCCUAUUUAUACGGAAGUGAGCCCGGAGGUGGGGCCCACGUCAUACUUGCAGUGACAAAAUGCAUCCUUGUGUUUCUUUCCUCAGUGGUUGGGGAGUUUGGUCGCAUAACGCUGGAGUUCUUGAGGAGAGGAACCAGUCCUAAGAUCUAUGAGGGGGCAGCAAGGAAGCUGGGUGUUUCUGUGGAAAUGGUGCAGCAUGGAGUGGAAGGCCUGAUGUUCCUGAUGACAGAGAGCUCCAAACACAUGAUUUCUGAAGUGGAUUUCCUGGACUCUGUGCUGGUCUUGGGUUUCAGUGAGGAGCUAAACCAGAUCCUCUUACAGCUCUACCUUCAGCACCACGCUCACAUCCGCAGCAUCCUGAGUCAGCUGCCCUCCAACCAGCCAGCCUACCACAACCUGGAGUGGAGACUGGAUGUACAGUUGGCGAGUCGUGCAGUCCGUCAGCAGGUGGUUCCCAUGCUGACACUGCGACUGCUCCUGAGUGGGGUUGGUGACGGAGUCUGUGCCCGCAGAGGGAAGGUUCUCCAGACGGACCCCAGCACCCUCCUGCACCUCAUCUCCACACUGGAGGCCGCUCUGGCUGCCAUGAAAUCCAGCCACGCUCGGCGCAUAUUUCGCAACAUUAAAUAACCCCCCUGGUUCGUUUUGUGUGUAGCCUGUGCACAUCACAUUACUGCCUCUCCACCUGGGAGUCUUGCCGGGCAGCUCCUGGAUGGUAAAGGAGGCCUGCUUCCAUCAGACUGCUGGCUUUAUUGCUCUGGGGUCACAUGAGCCUGAUGCUAUAGACUGUAUUGUAUACAAGGAUUCUACAGUGCUGCUGAUAUUGUUUUAUCAGUUUGAGAUGACAUGAAAAGACUUUUGGUUGGCCAAAGCCAACAGUGAAGAGGCAGAAAGGCCUUGACUUCCAUCUGUAUUAACAUGACUGGAAGUACUGUAUGUUUCAGCACAGCAGAGCCGUUGAUUGAUCUGUAUUCAAUAAAUGUUUGUAUUUUCAAUAACAAUGUCUACGAACCAUUUAUAACAUGUUAAAAAAGGGUUGAAGAAAAAUAAAUCGCUGGUGUCAUUAGCUAUUUGUACUGUUUCCACGCAUACAAUGAUAUUGAUCGAUAUCUUGUUGCGUAUGAGUGUGAGUAACCCAUGCCUCUGUUGAUAUUCCUCAUAGGGACCCAUCUGCCAAUAGUAUUAUCAUUCCCGGAACAGGUCACACUAAAAUCUAAAAUAAAUGUUUUUGCUUUUA